ACGACUGGUUGUUUCAGAGCUAUAAAGCAACUGAGCAGGAGUCCGGACAACAGGAGCUGAGCUAACUGAAGGAGGAAGGACUUCCCAUCAGAUCUCUCGCACCCUUACAGCUAACAGGUCAGUCUGGUGUUCAGUAGAAUGAUGACUCCCGCUCUCCUCUCUGCAGCCCUGCUGCUGCUGCUGCUUCCUGGAGCUCCAGCUGAAAAUUCUAAUCAGACUCCUAUCAGUAUCCACAUUACAAACUCUGUGACCAACGCUCCCAAUCAGACCUACUCCACCUAUGUGGUUUACAGAGGAAUCCUACUGGGUGCAAUGUGGAGACUGCAGAACUCAGAUGUAGGCUUCAGUUUCACAUACACACAGGAUGCAAACUACGGCCCGUUCCUGGAGAGUGUGAACGGCGUGUCCGGAUGUUCGGCUGAUCGAACCUACUGGGAGCUGCUGGUCAAGAGAACUAACGAGACCAUCAGGCCGGAUGUCGGUAUCGGGUGUUACAUUCCGCGUGCAAACGAAACAAUCGUCCUGAACUUUAACAAGUACUAAAGGAUCAACAGCCGCUGGGAGCCAACAUGGGAUCAAAGCCAGAAACCUGUAUGAUUGUGUUUUUCAAAGAUGAACUGAAGCCCAUUUGUGUCCUAUCUAAUCCAAACAGUGUGAUAAAUACACAUGCAGGAAGGAACAAGGAACGAGGAAACAACUGACUUUACUUUGAUUUUGAAUGAUUAUCUCAGGGAAUCCACCGCCACCUUACAUGUCCUGCUUGAUACUUCCUCAUGAUGAUUUCUUCAUAUUACUUUGGGUGUGUGAUUACAUAGUACUGUUCCUUUAACAUGCUUUGUUUGAAUAAAAAUCUUCUUUACAGCAUGAAA